GCCUCAGAGCUCUCACCUCCACAAUGGAGUGGAAAUCCGAUUUUAAAAAGGCCAUCGAGUCUUUCAAAUAUUCCAAAUACGACGAGGCGCUCAUUUCCUUAAAUCGAGCUCUGGAACAUGGAGGUCGUGAGCAUUAUGUAGUUUUCGACUCUCGUUCAGCGGUUUACUCGAAGAUCGGGGAACUUCGACUCGCGUUAUUGGAUGCAAAGAAAGUCAUCAGUUUGGCUCCAACGAGGUGGCAAGGCUUCUCGCGUGCGGCGCAUCUUUUCCUCCAGUUCAAUCGCUUCGUUGAAGCCCAGAAGAUGGCAGAUGCUGCCUUGAAACGACUCCCAGCAGAUGAUCUGAAAAAUCGUGCGUCGUUACUCGCGCUCAUAGGCGAAAUCAAAACAGCUCGAAGUCGCGUUACCUGUCAUCUUGCAACCCUACCAAACGAACUUAUCUCCGAAAUAUUCCACUACUUGGUCGAUUUCAACCCCAUCAAUGUCCUCUUGAUUUCCAAAAUUUCCGGUCAUUUGCGGAAUGUCGCAUUAAACACACCCUCACUGUGGAGAACCUUGGUGCUCACGAAGAAAUCGCCCGUUCGGAAAUCUGCUUGGUGGAUUGAGCGUUCGAGGGGUCGUAUACGAGAACUCAGUCUUCGAAGAUCGCUACUUGAAGAGAACAGAUGGACUCUGGAGAAUAUAAAAGGAAUUCUGUGGGAUCACCUACGCAUCCUCCGCUUAGAGGAUUUUGAUUUAACCCAAGUGCUUGAAAAGCACGCGCAAGUGGGGCAGCUUCCUUCACUGGAGGAGUUAGAGCUUAGAGAUAAACUUUUAGACACAUCUAGAGACCGUUUCAUCAUCCGAUUCUCUCACCUACGACGUUUAAAGUUGGAAGGAUCCAUAACCAGUCUCCCAGACAAAUUUCCAUCCACUCUUCGCUAUCUAUCACUUCAACGAAUUCCAGAACGUUGUCUCGAUAGAAUCUUCUCUCUCCUUGCCUCCAAUCCUCACCUUGAGGCCUUGUGUCUCGACACAACAUUUGCGGAAUUCUGGAAAACUCCUACAACUGUCAUCUCCCUUCCAUACCUCACCACUCUUGAGAUCUGCUGUCUCCCACAAUUGUUCCGAUUUCUCACAUUUCCCACAUUGGCAGUCCUUCGCAUCAAGAAAAACGCUAACAUCGACAUGAUCAUUCAAAGUUUGGUGGAGAACGGGACAGGGUUAUUGACAGAAAUCUCAGUGAUUUCGUGUGCGGUAUCAAAUGCACUUUUUCUUCAACUGCUUUCCAUGAAUCCUCUCCUACAAUCUCUCGUUCUUAAUCACUUGGCGUACACUGCAAACCCAGUCCUCGAAGCCUUAGCACCACCAUCCCAGGCAGGCGCGUUAUGCCCUGCCUUGACCCAUGUCGACUUUUCAAAUUGUCCCGACGUUCAGACAGGACCGCUCGCACGCCUGGUGAAAUCUCGUCUUGCAAUCGAAAAAGAGACGACACCUGAAGGCGAAAGCUCUGUUCGGCGUCCAGCACCCAUCGAUGUGAUCAAAGUGGAUGGUUGUCCCCGUAUCGAUGCCGAAUUCAUCCCCUGGUUCCGGCAACGAGUACAGACAUUCAGUUGCAUAUACAUGACAAAGAAAGCAGCAAGUUGGAAGCGUUGAAUUAAGUGCUCAAUAUCUUAGUAGAUUUGAAUGGCUGGAGUAUGCAUACACUUAUGUCGGAG